GCUGUCAAUUUUUAUUUGUAACAAAUCGGGACGCGAGUCGGCAAAAACGGAAAAAGUUAUAAAUUUAAUUCUAAAUCCUUAUAUUAUCUCCAAUACUCAUUAGAGCGCGGUAAAAAAAAUACUAUUGACAAACCAAAAAUGGGUGAGAGAUACAACAUACACAGUCAACUCGAGCAUUUACAAAGUAAAUACAUAGGUACUGGUCACGCAGACACAACGAAGUACGAAUGGCUAACAAAUCAACAUCGAGACUCCUGUUGCAGUUAUAUGGGCCACCCUGACCUGUUGAGUUAUUUCGCGAUCGUGGAAAAUGAAUCUAAGGCAAGGGUUAAGUUUAAUUUGAUGGAGAAGAUGUUGCAACCCUGUGGACCACCACCAGAAAAGCCGGAAGAUUAAAGGUUAGCAUUUAAAUGUGGAGUGUAUGUUAUAUUGUAUUAAAGUUGUUGUGAUUUUUAUUGCAUUAAUAUGA